AUCAUCAAUGGAUCAGCGAAGGACUUGCAUGAGUUGUUCUUCAAGACGUACAACACAUACUACAGUUCAAAUUCUGAAAUGUUUGCCAACCUCUACAACACGUUGAGACUUUAUCUUAGAGGUGACAAUAUCAACCUUGUGAAGGUUUUUGAUAAGUUUUUCAUGGAACUUGUCAAAAAGUUAUUCACACUCACCAAUGCUUCCUACAAGUUUGAUGACAAGUAUCUUGAAUGUGCCGGCAAGCAGAUAACCAGUGUACAGAAUUUCAGUCAGAAUACUUAUUCAAUAUUUAAUCUAAUCAAGAGGUCUAUUGUCACUACGAGAGUCUUCAUACAAGCUCUGAACGUUGGCAAAGAGGUUCUUGCACUCUUGUCGCAGUUGGAAGUGCCGGCAACGUGCGCUGAGACCUUCACACGCAUGUCAACCUGCUCAUACUGUGCAGGGCUGCUUAAUGUUCGACCCUGUCAUCAGUACUGUCUCAAUGUCAUGGCCACCUGCUAUGCUCCCUACUACGCCAUGCACGACAACUGGGUCACUUUCAUUGGUUAG